AUCGCACGUCUAGUGAAUAUGGCCAUGGCGAAUAUUGAUCAGUAUUGUCCCAGUAUGAAUGUGAGGUUGUUUAUAAACAAGGCAAAAUCGUACGAAAUUUGAAAAUCUAGAAAUUUUGACCUUUGACGUAGAUAGAAUUUUUGUUAUUAAUGAAGUAAUUACUUGUGUAUUACAGUCAGUUUUGCAACCACCUUGUUGGGUCAUGUGGUCCAUGUUCACUGUCACUGUCAAUAAUUCCAGUGUUACUGUUAGAUGUAUUCUAUAGACUAAUGUUCCUGAACCACAUGUCUGUCACAGCCACCUUGUUGGGUCCAUGGGAUUUUAUGAAACAAACAAAAACUGACAGAAUAUUCAUAUGUAUAUCAAAAUGGAUAUUCAUUGUACUAGCAUUUAAAUGUAAAGUGCUGACAUCAAUGGUGAACUGAUAGUGGACUUUUUGUACAUUCCCAUUUCUUCUCUAUUUUUCUGUUCCCAUGGCAGCCACAUUGAUUCAUAACUUUGCUAAAUCUUCUGGCCACUUGUCAUCCACUCAGCUUCUUGUUUCAAACAUCAGGUUUUUCAAAUAUUUGAAUUUCUCAUUUCGAAUCUGUCAUCAGAUUAAUGAAGAAGUCACAAAAUGCUUAGAAUUGAAGACUCCAUUAAGUGAUCAUGGUCUUCAGAAAUACACCCUUAAAACUCCAAAGGGAACAAAAGACUAUGGCCCUCACCAGAUGGCAAUUAGGGAGCAAGUAUUUGAUAAAAUUAUUCGUUGUUUUAAAAGACAUGGUGCAGAAACCAUUGACACUCCUGUCUUUGAACUGAAGGAGAAUCUUACCGGAAAAUAUGGAGAAGACAGCAAACUUAUCUAUGACUUAGCAGACCAGGGUGGUGAAGUUCUGUCUCUUAGGUAUGAUCUGACUGUACCAUUUGCUCGUUACCUAGCAAUGAAUAAGAUCACCAGUUUCAAAAGAUACCAGAUUGCCAAGGUUUACCGGAGGGAUAAUCCUGCCACAAGUCGUGGGAAGUAUAGAGAAUUUUACCAGUGUGACUUUGACAUUGCAGGCCAGCAUGACUUGAUGCUUCCUGAUGUGGAAUGUGUAAAGAUUGCUGUGGAAAUCCUAUCUGAUCUGAAUCUUGGAGACUUUGUGGUCAAAGUUAACCAUCGUAAGAUAUUAGACAAAAUAUUUGAAGUGUGUGGUGUUUCAUCAGACAACUUUCGCAGUGUUUGUUCUUCUGUUGACAAACUGGGCCAGUGUUCUUGGGAAGAGGUGAAGGCUGAGAUGAUUGAGGAAAAAGGUCUGUCUCCCAAGGUUGCAGAAAGAAUAGGCAUUUACAUCCAGAGAAAUGGUGGCUUAGACCUUAUAGAAGAACUUCUAAAUAAUGAAGAUCUUGCAGGCAAUGGAACAGGUCGAGAAGGGUUAGAAGCAAUGAAACUGUUCUUCAAGUACUGUGAAAUUUAUGGAAUAAGUGAUAAGAUUUAUUUUGACUUGAGUUUAGCUCGAGGACUGGACUACUACACUGGAGUUAUCUAUGAAGCAGCUCUAACAAAAUUAAGUCAUAGAACUCAUUUUGCAAAUGGAGAAUUGCAUGCUGUUGGUAGUGUAGCAGGAGGUGGUCGCUAUGACAACCUUGUUGGAAUGUUUGAUUCAAAACAAAGAAAUGUUCCUUGUGUUGGAAUUAGUAUUGGAAUUGAAAGGAUAUUCUCGAUAAUAGAGGCACGUGCUCAGGUGGAACAUGAGAAACUGAGAACUACAGAAACAGAGGUUUUUGUUGCUUCAGCACAAAAGAAGAUGACAGAAGAAAGAAUGAAGAUUUGCAAAGAACUUUGGGAUGCUGGAAUAAAGACUGAGCAGUCCUACAAAGUGAAUCCUAAAUUAUUAGACCAGCUUCACUACUGUGAAGAACGAUUCAUCCCUUUGGCCAUUAUUAUUGGAGAGACUGAACUGCAGAAAGGUGUCGUGAAGCUUAGAUAUGUAAUGAGUAGAGAAGAGAUAGAAAUCGAAAGAAAUAAGUUAGUUCAAGAAAUUGGAGCUCAUAUCAGGACAUUCUCAAGUAUCAAACAGACCUGAGGGAAUUUUUAUCAGCAUUUCAUUUAAAAUCUGAGACUUUAAUUUCAUUAUUAUCUUAACAUUGAAUAAAUUGUGAAUACAUGAAUUUUUAUCACUUAUAAAAACCAAAGGUAUUUGAUUUAUAUAAAAAACAAGUUUUUAUCAAAAUGCAACAUUAACUAUUUUGCAACAUCUAAUGUAUAUUUUUUAUUAGACCAAAAAUGCUGUUAGCUAAGCAUGGACUGAUAGAACUUGAUAUUAUAAACAAAUAAUAUAAUUUUUUUUAAGAUAUCUAUAUAUGUUUCAUUAUCUAAAAAGUUCAUAAUAUUACUGAAAGAACUUGUGAGCUUUAUUUUAAAGUUGGUGUUGUACUGAAGUAUCUUUGGCUCUGUGUUUCUGGUAAGAUGCCACAAAAUCCCAAACAUUGAACAAUAAAAAGAAUUAAUCAAAUUUUGUGGUUGGUAUUUACAAAAUUUAAGGAUGAAAUGUCUGAAAGUGUGUAGUAAUGGGUUAGUUUCAUAAGUUAUAUCUUGAUUUUGGACAUCAUGUUUCAGUAAAUGUAGUAAUGGGUUAGUUUCAUAAGUUAUAUCUUGAUCUUGGACAUCAUGUUUCAGUAAAUGUAGAACAAGUUUUUAAUUUUUUAUUCUGUUUUUGUAAUCACAAAACAGUUACUCAGGCUUUUGUUAUCUCAAAUAUGCCUGAAAUAAGGAUGUGUUAUUUGAUGGUAAAGUAACAGGUAGCUUGUAUACAUAAAGAUUUAUGGUGUAUUCUUUAGUAUUUGGUGUUUUUUUGCACGCAACACCUGGAUCUCAGUGCUUAAGUUUUUAAACCAAUGAGUAAAUAGUAAGUUUAUCAUAGAUCACCAUAUAAUCAGUAGUGAUACAUAUACCAGUGGUCUCCAAACUUUAGGUAUUCUAUAAGGCACGUUGCAGAGCAAGACUUGGUAAAACACAAAAUAUCUUUAUUUUACAGUUAUUUGUAAUAUAUUUAUUAUAAAAUUUUUAUGCAAAUCAAAAACAGAAUAUAAGAGCACCAUUAGACUACUGUAGUAUAUGCUUCCAGAUGCUCCAGCUGUAAGUCUGAGAAAUUAUAAAACUGAAAAUGGGAUUUUGUUACCCCUCAAUGGGCAGAGCACAGAUAUUCAAUUCUGUAGCUUUGUUUUUAACAACAAACAAGCUUAAACAUAUUACAACAAUAAUCCUCCCCUCCGACAUGAGCAGAAAAUUGCCUUGUUAUUUAGGUGGGAAAAUAUCUCAAUGUGGCUUAUAGCUCUCUCUCUCUGUAGGUCUGUGGACUUACAACACUAUCAUCAGGGAUAGCAGAUAACCCAAUGUGUGUAAAAACAAAGAAACACUCUCAUGUAGUCCAUCACUUGUGAUGAUGACAGGUCAGAUGCAUUACGCUCUCAUCUCAUCUUUUGGGUCUAUGAGUGCACAAGAAUGAUCUUGAUGCACACAAUGUAGCACUUGUUACAGUUCCGAUGUAGCAAUCAUCUCUCACAGCUAACAGGUAGUUUCAUCUUUGCAGGCUGUUGUGGUCAAGUGAGAAGGUGGGAUCUGCUAUUGGCAAACUCUCUGAUGCUAUCUCAUCUUAAAUGGUAUGACUUCCAGUAAUAUAAUUACUUUGCUUUAAAUAUUUACAGUAUUUUUACAUUAUCUCAGUCAAGACGUAUGUAUGUAUGUCAUAUAUAUAUAUUGUAAAAAAUCUGAGCUAAAUUAAAGACAACUUGUCCUAACAGGAUCACACUAGACUAGUGCUCUACCAACUAAGCUACCAGAACUCAAGUAAAAUCCAACCUGUUCUAACAUUCACAACUUGGCAUUCUGAAACUAAAAACACAUAAUAGCACUAGUUGAUGUACCUACUGAACUGUCAUAAGUGACUCCUAAACCUAACCAUUCUGUACUUUUUUAGAAACCUUAUAUGUAAGAUCAACAAGUAUUCAACAUUGUAAAGGCCAUAUGUGAUAUUUUUUAAAAGUUAAGAUCAGUUUUAGCGAGUACCUUUAAGUAGAUUAUCAAUGUUAAGAUAACUAUUUUCAGUUAAUAAAUUUGCCAUUUGAGUCACCUGUUUUUAAA